AUGCAGUUCGCGUCCAUCCUCUACACCAUCGCGAUGCUGCUUGUCUGCACCCUCGCCGCGCCGCUCCAGACUCGCCAGGAGAAGGUGUCGAAUGUCAAGUGCACGGGCACCAAGGCGCUCGACUUCCACUCCUCCAACGUCGCGCAGCUGCAGAUCUGCGGCAGCAUCGCGGGCUCGAUCCAAAAGUGCCAGGGCGCGCCGACCUCGACCGUCGGCCAGUCGGGCAACGUGCGCUUCACGAUCAACCCCGUCGUGUCCGGCGAUGUCAUCAACAUCUCCAAGGGCCGUUGGGAGCAGGGCAUCAAGGCUGCGUUCGCGGUGUGCGGCCAGAACAUCCCCUUCACGGCGACGUUCGCCGGCGGUGCGCGCAAGGGAGACGUCAAGGUUACCUACGGCUCUGUGUAG